AUGUCGGACAUUCCAGUGGAUGCGCCGGGACACUGUCCAGGUCCACAAAGUGACUCCGCGGGCAAGGCUAGUGCGUGCGCUGGCUGUCCUAAUCAGUCUGCCUGCGCAAGCGGACAAGCCAAAUUGCCAUUGGCUUUACGUGAGCCCGAGGUAAUUGCUGCAAUUCGCAGGCGACUGGGACGGGUACAGCAUCGAUUGCUUAUCCUUUCUGGUAAGGGAGGUGUGGGAAAAAGCAGUGUAUCCGUUUGUUUGGCACGUGGACUUUGUCGCCGCACGCACACCUCGUCGGGCACCCCUGAGGAUUGCUUUCGCGUCGGUCUACUAGAUUUGGAUUUGUGUGGACCCUCAACACCAUGCAUGUUGGGCUGCAUGGAGGCUCAGGUUAGUGUUUUGCUUCCUCGUCUGUUUACAUCUAUUUACGGGUUUCUCUUUUCAACACGAUGUUAG